AUGGCGGAACGAGACUACGACGACAGCAACGAGGCUCUGGACCCGGAACUUCUGUAUACCAAAGAAUAUUGCAUUGGUGGAGGCAGCUUUGGGAAGGUCUUCAAGGGUGUCGAGAAGCGAACCGGACAAGCCGUAGCAAUCAAGGUUAUCGAUAUCGAAAGCGCCGAAGACGAGGUCGAGGACAUUAUACAAGAGAUAGCCAUACUGUCCGAACUCCAGUCGCCCUAUGUCACGAAAUACUACGGCUCCUACGCCAAGGGCGCCGAACUAUGGAUUGUCAUGGAGUUCUGCUCUGGUGGGAGCUGCGCUGAUCUGAUGAAGCCCGGGCAGAUUGGGGAGGACUACAUCGCCAUUGUUGUCAGGGAGCUUCUUCUCGGUCUGGAAUACUUGCAUGCGGACAAGAAACUCCAUCGAGAUAUCAAGGCUGCCAACAUUCUGCUUGGCUCUAACGGCCAGGUCAAGUUGGCGGAUUUCGGCGUCUCUGGGCAACUAUCUGCAACCAUGACAAAGAAAAACACUUUUGUCGGUACCCCGUUCUGGAUGGCCCCCGAGGUCAUCAAGCAGUCUGGAUACGAUCAUAAAGCGGACAUUUGGUCGUUGGGGAUUACCGCGCUAGAGCUUGCCAAAGGCGAGCCGCCCUACGCCGACAUCCAUCCGAUGAAGGUAUUAUUCCUGAUUCCGAAGAACCCUCCGCCCAGGUUGGACGGUAACUUCACCAAGGCGUUCAAGGAUUUCAUCGAGGCUUGUCUACAACGCGACCCGAAGGAUCGCCCGUCCGCCAAGGAUCUACUGAAGCAUCCCUUCAUCCGCAAGGCGAGGAAGACGACCUACCUGACCGAGUUGAUCGAGCGUUUCACCCGCUGGAAAGCCACAAACAGAUCGGAUGAUGACGAUUCGUGGGAUGGGGGAGACGAGCCAGUCGAGAGAUCACCCGUGAACGAGGACAUGUGGGACUUCGGUACCGUCAGAAUGGUCGGUGAUAGAGGAGCCCUUGUCAACAGACCAGGGUUGAACGCAAUGGACGACUCCGCUAGGAACGCACGAGCAUCGCGGCCUUUGGAAGCAGAUUAUGGGGAAAUCUCGCGAGCAACAUCUCCCAACAAGGUCCAGGUGCAAGAUUUCGUCGAUGCUUCGGUCUCUAGCACUGUUAAGGCGAACAACGCCACAGCCUACGGAACCUCAAGACAGUCCUCACCCCAGCGCAAGCCGCUCCAAGGCGGCGUGCAAUUAUCCCCUUCGAAAGUCCCACUACCUCCCUCCCCACCAAAACAUAUGCAGGAUCCGAACACACCGCGACCUGUCCCGAGACAGAUGCCACCUGCGCCUACAUUGAUGUCUCCCGAUUAUGACCGUGCCUUGCAGGCGCAAUUGCAGCAUGACAUGAGCUACCUACAUAUCGCUCCUCCUACCCAACCGGAGUUCGGAAGCCAGCAGCCGUCGUUGGCAUCUAAGAACUCGCAAUCACAGCUACAACAAGCAAGGGGGCCUACAAAGGCUGGGCCGUUGAGUUUGCCAGAGAUUCCGCCAUACCGUGGCAUGAGCCCGCAACCGCCCAUGCAAAGAAUCACCAAUCAACAGCCCAUGCCCAACUCGCAAGCGUUUGCCUCCAAAGCACAACCCACGCAACUGCCGUCCGCGCCCGAGGCGUUUCCGUCACCAGCUCCCGCAAAUCCCAACGGUGAGCUCGACGCGUUGAACGACGUGAUCUUUCCUGCCCUCGAAGAAGCCCUGAAGAGACGGCAGAUCCGACUACAGCAAAUAUAUCGCAAUGAAAGGGUCAUUACGCCCCAGAGACAGCGAGCGGAGGCUGCGCAUGACAAGAUUCGCAAGAAUGUCUACAAGCUGGCCAACGUGUGCAAGGAGAUUGACCGCCUGGACAAGAGCGAGCCGGUCGGAAUGGGCAAGGACGUUGGUACGUUUCUUGAGGGCCUACUCGAGGAAAUCCUCGUCAGGGUCGAGCCUUUGGAUGAGGAGGAAGCUGUUUGA